CAAAUGACAGGAAUACGGUGACGUUUGUGUUGAGUUUCUUUGAUUUUUUUGCUGUUUGAUAACAGUUCGAAUGGGUAAUACUACUUCUAAAAACAAGUAUUACAAUAAUCAAAAGUACACUAGUCAGUACAGUCUUAGUGAUUUAAUUGGUGGUAGUUGUAUUGGAACAACACAAGCCACAAGUAAAGAAUCUAAAUCAUGGUCCCGUGCCUCAUAUAGAAGUUGGAGCGAGGUUACAUUAUUUGAUUCAUUAAGUGCCUCUAAAACGCAAUGGCCAGUGUCACGUUCUCAGGCCAUGUUUCUGCCAGAAUUUCAAAUACGACAAGUAUCUUUGCAAACCUCUUAUAAGCUAUUGUGUGUGAUAGCUAAAGGAGCUUAUGGAAAAGUAUAUCAGAUUCUAAAACCAGAUACUGGACAAGUUUAUGCUUUGAAAGUAAUUAGCAAAGCCAAAGUUGUUGCAGAAAAUGGUAUAGAGCAGGCUAAACAAGAGGUAUCCAUACAAAAGCUUGUCGGUCACCAUCCAUUUAUAUUAAACUGUACUCAUAUGUGGCAAGGAAGAAAGACAUUAUAUAUAUUGACUGAUUAUGUUGGGGGUGGAGAACUAUUUUCACUAAUUGAGGAAUGCGGCUGUUUACCUGAAAAUGUAGUUAAAAUAUAUGUAGCAGAAAUUGCUUUAGCUAUUGAUUUUUUACACAAUGCUGGAGUUGUACAUAGAGAUAUAAAAGCAACAAAUGUUCUUCUUGAUGAAAAAGGACAUGCUGUAAUUAUUGAUUUUGGUCUAGCAAAAUGGUUAAAUCAUACAGAAAGAACGAAUACACUUUGUGGGACCCCGGAAUAUAUGGCACCGGAGAUAUUGAAGAGGCAAUAUUAUGGACAAGAGGUAGAUUGGUGGUCACUGGGAGUUCUAGCUUGUUUUAUGCUGACAAACCAGUAUCCAGCCGGUGCGUCCAGCGAACUUCUGCCAGAGGACAGGGGAACCGAUUAUGCUCCACCUGGAACACUUCCGCCGAACGCGGAAACGAUCUCCGCGGCGUCGAAGGAUCUACUGAAACGAUUAUUGCAACCGGACCCGCGGCUGAGGUUGAGGUCUCUGCUGAGUCUGCAGAGGAUUGCCUUCUACAUGGGCUACGAUCUACAGAGCUUCAUGAUGAAGAAGGAAUCGCCAUUUCGAUUGCUUGGACGGAAGGUCCGGACUCAUCAGGAACGAAUGAUCAAGGAGUUCUCCAACUUCGACUCCUCCUUAGGAGGCAGUAUCUCUCGAGCUGACGAUCGAUGAUCAUUACUCUUUCGAUUUCGCUAGUUCGGCUUGUGUGGAAACAAUCUUGACUGAUGCAACGACUGAAUAUCGUUUGAAAUCGUUCUCACAGCUAUUUUUGUAACUCUGUUGCUUAUUGAGCAACGUCGACGCCAUCCAAUAGUUUACACGAGAGGAAUUUCGCGUAUUUUGCAUAAGAUUCAAAAUUCUGAUUUUUAUAUGUCUUUAGAUUUUCUAUUACGCUCUUCUCAAGCUGUUCUUAGCUUCCAUCAGAAAUGUUGCCAAUGUCAGCGGCUUUAAAUGUGAAAGACGAGUCGAGCUUUUGUACCGCAAAAUGUGAGGGCAGCUGUUGUGUGCAUUACGAAAGCGAUUCUCUGAAAUGUAUUCUGUUACAAAUAAAGAUGUAU